AUAGAUUGAUGGAUGUAAAUAACGACCUCGAAUUGAUAAAAGAUGUUUAUAUGCAAGCAGAUAUGAUGGGAUUGACAGAAUUAGUGAAAUUAGUAGUUAAUUAUAUGUGUGGAAUGGUAAAUGAAUUGAAUUUUGAAGAAAUAUUAGUAUUUUGUUGGGACAAAGAGCAUUGUAAAUCGCUGAAGGAAUCAGCCUUAAAUUUUGUGAGUGCUUAUGUUAAAUCGGUUAAAUUAAGCAAAAACACGGAAUAUAUUAAGAAAUCAGUAAACAAUGAAGUCGUUACUUAUAGCAAAAUAUGGGAGAAAGAAACUGAGUAA